CACCUCGAAGCUAUAUCCAAGAUUCAAUACUAUCAUACACCCAACUCUGAAAAGAAAAAAAGAAAAAAGAAAAACCUCCCUUACCACCUUGUUAUAACUCAGAAACGAGAAAAAGAAGGGAAACAAUUCAAUCCUAUCCUAUUUCUUACCAUCGUCAUGUCAUCAAUCGCUUCUCUCGACGCCCAGUCCGCAGCUCGCAAAGAACGCCUCGCACAGCUCAAGUCUCUAAAGCGCAAACAGACCCUGACAGACCCUUUGCCACCACAAGAAGUCACAAUGACAAUGGAUGAUCCGGAAGAUCCGGAAAAGACUACGAAUGCUCACCUCUCGGGCCGGAAUUAUGACAUCGAGUCACGAGCACCCAAAAUGGGGUUUGUGUCGGCACCCAACGUAGGACAGGAGACCUUGGAGGAUGCAGCAAAGAAGAUUGUCGAGACUACGAAGGCUUUGCAAAUGGAGGACGAAAGGAACGACAAGCCAAUCGAUUUGUUCAAUCUUCAACCAAAGAAACCGAAUUGGGAUUUGAAGAGGGAUGUGGAUAAAAAGCUCGAGAAGUUGAACCAGAAGACAGAUAUUGCUAUUGCGAAGAUUAUUCGAGCUCGGAUAGAGGAAGCACGACAGAAGAGAAUUGGCAAGAGUAAGGGGGGGGAUGAGACGGAGGAUGUUGAAGGAAAUGUGGCUUCGAUGACGCCGAUGCUAAGGAUGCCAACGACGAUGAGGCGGAUUCUCCAUGAUGCGACGGAGUGGAUUGCGUAGAGGAAAGGGUUUAUUUUUACUGGUUCAUGACAUAUGUAUAGUAUAAUAACUAAUGCAGACCCCUUAUUUGAAA